UCUUUUGAGUAUUAGCAGUGAGUUGAGUGAGUUCGAGUUUGGUUGAAGAAGAUAAAGAUGGCAUCCCCUGAUCAGAGCUACAAGGCUGGUGAAACCAAAGCCCAUGCUCAGGAGAAGACCGAUCAAGCCAUGGCAAAGGGAAGGGAAGCAUCGGAGGUGGUGAAGGAGAAGGCCCAAGGGGCCAAAGACAAAACGGCAGAAACAGCCGAGCAUGCUAAAGACAAGACAGCUGAUACGGCCCAGCAAGCGAAAGGCAGGACCCAGGAGUCCAAGGACCAGAGCGGAGGCUACCUCUCAGAGAAGGCAGGGGCGGCCAAGGAGAAGGCCCUGGGGGCCACUGAGGCUACGAAAGAGAAGGCCUCGGAGAUGGUCGAGUCGGGCCGUGAGACGGCCGAAGCAGGCAAAGAUAAGACUGGCGGGAUCCUGCAGACCACUGGAGAGAGAGUGAAGGGCAUGGCCCAAGGCGCUGCAGAUGCUGUGAAGCAAACCUUCGGAAUGGCCGGCAAUGAGGACAGGCCCAAAGAGUAGUUUGAAAAGAGUGUGUUUGCUAUUGGGCUGUUGGGCUCGGCCCAAUAUUUGUUAUGUUUUUUCAACUGUCAGUGUCAGGGUCAGUGUCGUUUGUUGUUGGCUUCGUAACUUAGAAGGGAUGGAAUUGUAAUUUCACCUCGAUAUAAAUGCAAGCUGCAAUCUUCUCUUCUCAUUCCA